AUGACGUCAGUUGGAGACAAAUACUGCCUUAAUAAUAAUGUUUUGUGUUUGGAGAAGAGCUUUUGGUUUGAAGGGACGGCCAACUUCGUGAGCGGCCAUCAUACUCUUCAGCUUUCUUCUCUACUGCCGGCCACAAUCUGCACCCACUCCAACAUUGUGGAAAACAAGAAGAGACUGAAAGUGGUAGACAAGCACGGUCCGUGCUUUCAACUCCACAAAAACAAAACCAGUAAAGCACCAACUCCGGCUGAAAUCCUCCAGCAAGAUGAAUACCGUGCUAAUUCUAUUCAGUCCCAUCUUUCCAAGAACUCCAUAGAAACCGACGCCACAACCAUUCCAGCUGAGUCCGGUUACACUAUUGGCUCCGGGAACUAUAUAGUGACGGUGGGACUAGGCACACCCAAAAGAGAUUCUCUCAUAUUUGACACCGGCAGUGAUGUCACUUGGACUCAAUGUCAGCCCUGCAAUGCGUGCUAUAAACAAAACGAACCACUCUUUGACCCUUCCAAGUCAACCUCUUACGCCAGCUUUUCUUGUACCUCCCAACAAUGUAAAACGCAAAGUUGUUCUUCCCCUGCAUCCCCAUGCCAAUACGGCGUACGAUACGGUGACAGGUCGUACACCAUUGGAGACUUUGGUAAAGAACGGAUCACAAUAAAUCAAUCCGAUGUGUUUGAUAAUUUUCUCUUCGGAUGUGGGCAUAACAACCAAGGUCUCUUCAGCGGUGCUGCGGGGUUGCUGGCCUUGGGCGGGGGCGAACUCUCAUUUGUGGAGCAGACGGCUCAGAAAUACAACCGCAUCUUCUCCUACUGCCUACCACCCACUUCCAGCUCCUCUGGAUUCUUAUCCUUCGGCAAAGCCGACAAGGUUUCCGGCGUUGUAAACUACGUACAGCUAUCCAGCGCAUCCUUGAGCAAUUCUUUUUACGGCCUACAAUUGGAAGGAAUAAGUAUUAAUGAACGACGAGUAUCUGUUAUUUCGUCCUCAGGCACGAUUAUCGAUUCUGGAACCGUCAUAACUCGUUUGCCGGCGAGCACGUACAGGGCUUUGCGGUACGAGUUUCAGCAACAGAUGAAACAAUAUAUAUUGAUAAAAUCCCCAGUAUCGUUAUUGGAUACUUGCUACGACUUCAGUGGAAAUGACAACGUGGAGAUUCCUAAAUUAAGCUUGUUGUUCAGCGGCGGGACUACAGUGGAGUUGGAUUCCACCGGCGUAUUUUAUGCAUUGAGUGAGUCUCAGUUUUGUUUGGCGUUUGCUGGGAACAGCGACAAUACUGAAAUUGCGAUCUUGGGGAAUGUCCAGCAGAGAAGGUUGGAGGUGGUGUAUGAUAUUGGAGGACAAAGAGUUGGAUUUCGCUCUGCUGCUUGUUAAUUAUUAAUUAAUAUCAAUUGAAAACACUAAGAAUAAAUGGUUUAUAUAAAUAUUUAUACAUUGCAACGAAAAGAGAAGGUUGGAUAUGCUUGUGGCUAUAUGAUUAUUUACAUAAAUUUAUGUGUGUUAAAGAGAACGUCGUCGUUAUAUUAUCAUAUACCAAUUAAUUGGGCAAA